AUGAAAAGAAUGCAUCCACUCAUCUACAACCUCGAAGACUACACUCAAUGCUUAGAGAAGAUCUAUAACCCAGAUGUGAUAAAGUCACAGUCUAAUUACAGUGAUCUUCAAGAAAAUUUUUUAGACAUCAUGAAUUCCUCUCAUCCUUAUGAUUUCGAAAAAUCCCCACAAUUACCGAGAAAUUUCAAUUCCCAAGAAAAUCAUUUUCGCUCUAGAGCGAUUUUUUCUUUUUCUGCAAAAGCUAGAGAAGAAAGAGCAAGAAGGAUGGGAAGAGAUAAAAAAGGGAAUUUAAACUUCAUUGUGCAGAAAAUGAACGAAGAAUUGUCUUUUAUGCUGAGUAAUCAUAGAGAAGUUCUAUCAAUACUUAUAGAUUCGCAACCAUCUAUAGAAAACUUUAGAAAUCGUGAUACAGGCUUACAAUUGUAUAGGAAUAAUUCAAAAAAUAUUGCUAGAAGAAAUGAAAUGACAAAGCAUUUCGCUUCAGUACUCAUCUAA